UUUUCCCAAGAUUCAACAUCUGAUUUUCAUCCGACAUUAGGCUGUCUAUAAAUUGUUGCUGUCAGUCUAAGACUAUCAACAGUUUUGAAAAUAGUUUAGACACAAUUACAGUUUCCCUCGAGCUGCGUUAGUCGCUACGUGUUUUUGCCAAAAGAAAAGGAAAAACAAUUUUAAUCUAAAUCGAAAAAUUCUUUCACACUAAAAACCGUGUAAAAUGCGCGUCCUUUUCGUGUAUAGCUGUGCGCUACUCGCUGUCACCGCUAACGCCGCGUCCAGUUUCGGUUAUCACUAUGAACGCAAUAGCAACACCAACACCAACACACUUAGCAAUUCCAAUAGCCCCAGCUUAAACAGCAACGGCAUUCGCUCGAAGGACAACAACGCCGAAAGCUUCUUUAAUCCUGCGCCGAGCGGCAAUUCACUCCUCUUGCCGCAACACCAAACACUUCGACCACCACAACAACAACAAAAAACGGAGCAACAAUCUUAUAGUGGUGACAAGUAUCUACCACCCUCACAACCCACCGCCGAACCGAUCAUCACCAAACAAUUCUUUUUAGUCUCCGCACCCGAAGAUUCCGAAGAACAAACACGCAGCAAACACUUCGUUAUUGGUCGCCCGCAGAAGAAUUAUCGCGUCGUCUUUAUUAAGGCACCAUCCUCUGAGAAUGCUAACCUCAAAUUGACAGCCGAAUAUGCGCCGCAAGAGGAGAAGACUGUCAUUUAUGUUUUGAGCAAAAAGGAUAAUGACUUGAACAUUGGUGAGAUUGUCACACCAGCGCCAACACAACCGACCAAACCCGAAGUAUUCUUUAUCAAAUACAAAACACCGGAGGAGGCAAGCGCAGCGCAGAAGGAAAUUCAAGAACAAUAUGACAAUCUUGGCGGCACUUCUGAGUUCUCCGACGAGGGCGUAGCGCCCAUUAAAUCGGUCGUAGGCUCACUCGACGGCUUGGCGACCAAUGGCGGCUAUGAUUACCGGAAAGUGCAAAAUAGCGAUGAUUCGCCGAUUAAAAACUUCCUUCAACCAGCACGUUUCUAUUUCUAAAGCAUUAUGUUACAAAAACUAAAGUUUUAUUGUUUUUAAUACGCACAAACAGUUAUACAUAUACAC